AUGGCGGAAGAGGACGAAAAUAUGAGCGAAGAGCUCCUCAACGAAGACGCAGAGAUGGCGCAGAAGAUUAUCAACGAAGAAUACAAGACGUGGAAGAAGAACGCCCCUUUUCUCUAUGACAUGAUCCUGAGUACUGCGUUGGACUGGCCUACUCUUACCACACAAUGGUUUCCAGAUGUUCAAGAGGUACCUGGUACCAACUACUCAAAACACCGCCUUCUGAUUGGCACGCAUACUGCUGAAGGCCAGCCGAACUAUUUGGAGAUUGCCAAUGUGCAGCUCCCAAACCCCAAAAAGCCAGACGUGAAGGACUACAAUGAAGACACAGGAGAGAUCGGAGGAUAUGGCGGCGGCGUAUCAGGGAAGAACCAGAUUGAGGUCAAGUUUAAUAUUGUCCAAAAAAUUGAUCACCCUGGCGAGGUCAACAAAGCGCGAUAUCAACCUCAAAAUCCCAAUAUCAUUGCGACCAUGUGUACCGAUGGCCGAGUCAUGAUCUGGGACAAAACAAAGCACACCAGCCUACCUACUGGAAGACCAAACCCGAUGUUGGAACUCAUUGGGCACGAGAGAGAGGGAUAUGGCCUGAGUUGGGAUCCUCGAGAAGCUGGCCAACUAGCCACGGCCAGCGAAGAUUCCACCGUAAGACUAUGGGAUAUCACCCAGGGCUCGAAGACCAACAAGCUGGUCAAGGAAUUCCGCAAGUACACGCAUCACAAUAGCAUUGUCAACGAUGUCCAAUACCACCCCAUCACUCCCUAUCUGGUAGGGACGGUGUCGGACGACUUGACCAUGCAGAUUCUGGACGUGCGAUCUCCCGAAACCACCAGAGCGGCUGCCAAAGGCGAAAAUCAGCACCGUGACGCCAUCAAUGCCAUUGCUUUCAACCUGGCAGUGGAAACUGUGGUUGCGACGGGGAGCGCCGACAAAACGAUCGCAAUCUGGGAUCUGCGGAACCUCAAGUACAAGUUACAUGUGCUCGAAGGACAUAACGACAGCGUUACGAAUCUUGAAUGGCAUCCUUUUGAAGAAUCGGUCCUCGCGUCUAGCAGCUACGACCGACGGAUCAUGUUCUGGGAUAUGGCGAGGGUGGGAGAAGAGCAAACACCGGAGGACAGUGAAGACGGGCCUCCAGAGCUGUUGUUCAUGCAUGGAGGGCAUACCAAUCGUAUCAGCGAUUUCUCGUGGAACAAGAACAAUCCAUGGGUGAUUUGCAGUGCGGCCGACGACAACCUGAUCCAAGUGUGGAAAGUCGCCGAGGCUAUUGUCGGCCCGGAUGAUGGCGAUGUGCCCAUGAACGAGCUGGAGGGAUGA